AUGAGUGAGCGAGUGCAAGUGAAACUGCAGGCUGGCUCCUGCCCUGCAACUGAAAAUGCAGCAUCUCGAGAGUCACUGAUUGUGACAGCAGUGAAAUUUUUGCAGAAUCCACGAGUCCGCCAAAGCCCUGUUGCAUCCAGAAGAGCAUUUCUGAAGAAGAAAGGCCUGACAGAUGAAGAAAUCGACCUGGCUUUCCAGCAGUCAGGCACAAGCACGGAUGAGCCACAGUCCCCAGUUCCUUCUACACAGCUGGUGCCAGCUCAGCCCUCUUACCCUGUAGUGCAUAGUCCACCUGGAUCCAGAUGGCGAGAUUAUGGGGCUUUGGCUAUCAUAAUGGCAGGAAUUGCCUUUGGAUUCCACCAGCUCUACAAGAAAUACCUGCUUCCUCUCAUCAUGGGAGGCAAAGAAGACAGGAAGCAACUUCAGAGGAUUGAGUCAAACAUUUCUGAGAUGAGUGGCAGUGUGACACAGACAGUGACUCAGUUACAGACAACUUUAGCAGCAGUCCAGGAACUGCUAAUCCAGCAACAACAGAAAAUCCAGGAUCUCACACAAGAACUGGCAGCUUCUAAGGCCACAACUUCUACCAACUGGAUUCUGGAGUCACAGAAUAUUAAUGAAUUGAAAUCUGAGAUCUACUCAUUAAAAGGCCUUCUCCUAAACCGGAGGCAGUUCCCUCCCUCCCCUUCAGCUCCUAAGAUCCCAUCAUGGCAGAUCCCAGUGAAGCCAAGCUCACCCUCCAACCCUGUUGUUGCCAACCAUAAUAGCAGCAGUGACAUCUCACCUGUCAGCAACGAGUCUACCACCUCCUCACCAGUCAAGGAGAACCACAGCCCUGAGGGAUCAAAGGUCAGCUGCCAUCUGCUGAGCACAGAGGAGAGCAACAAAGCAGUGAUUGACGUCAAGAGCCAAGUGCGGAUGGAGGUGCAGGGUGAGGAGGAGAAAAGGGAAAACAAAAGGAAUGAAGAGGAGGAAGAGGACGAUGAGGAUGAUGAUGUUAGCCAUGUGGAUGAGGAGGAAUGUCUGGGUGUCCAGACUGAGGACCGGCGAGGAGGGGAUGGUCAGAUUAAUGAGCAGGUGGAAAAGCUACGGAGACCUGAGGGGGCCAGCAACGAGAAUGAGAUUGACUAAGGCACUCUGGCUUCUGCUGCUGCUGCUGCUGUACAUCUUCCCUAGCUCCUGCACUGUCCCUGGUGCCUCUCCCAUUUUGUGGAGAGAAGUGCCACCAUCCCCUCCAGUGAUUCUCCCAUGAUUGACCUUGAAUAGGGUCAUGAUUGCCCAGUGAACAAGGUGGGCCCUGUUUUGCCACAGGGCUUUGCAGUGUUGCAGUGGCUGCUUCUCCCUUCCCAGACCCACCUUCUCCCCAUGAGCUGGGGUCACUGCCUAGGCUGGAAGACCAAUCGCCUUACCAUGCACCACAGCUACAGAAAAAGUCAUCUUACAAAAAACACCAUCUCUCCUGAAACAGUCAGCACCUUUGGUGCAUCCUAGAGUCCUUCUGUCCAAUUUCAGAAACCAGUCUGUCCUGAGCUUUUUGGUUUCACAAACCUU